AUGCUGGCUCCGGUCUCGUUUCCUUUCCCCAAACAAAAAUCCGACGUCGGCCCAUCCCCUCCUCGUACCUACCACGCCACCGCCGCAGCCGACCUCCGCCGCCCGCGGUCGACCAUGUGUUCGACCCUAGCUGCUGAAUUCCUCAAAGACGGUUACAAUAACCCAAUCGUCGCUGCUUUGAUCUCGUUAAUGAAGUCAACGGCUUACAGCUCUUAUUCCUCAUCUACCAGUGUGGGAAUCUUACCAUUCAAAGCCGCUUCAAUUAUCCCUUUCCUUCAAGGCUCCAAAUGGUUGCAGUGUAACGAAUCCCCUCCGGUCGGACCGGAGAGUACCGAGGUGGAUAAAGGAGGAACAAACGACGAUGGUAAUCAAAGCUUAACCUUGGAAUUAGAUCCCAAAUCCAGUUGGAUUACAAAGAUGUUAACUUCAUGCUCCAAAGAUGCCAAGGCAGCUUUCACUGCCGUCACCGUUAGUAUACUUUUCCGAUCAUCUUUAGCUGAGCCAAGAUCGAUUCCUUCAUCUUCUAUGUGCCCUACACUGGAUGUUGGUGACCGCAUUUUGGCUGAGAAAGUUUCAUAUUUCUUUAGAGAACCAACUUGUUACGCCUAA